AUGGCACCCGUACCGAGACGACCAGCUUUUACGACGAAAACAAAAUCGGACAGAGGGGAGACGAGAAGAGGCGAAGCGACAGAGGAGAAGAGUUGUUUCGUGUAUUCCGAGCCGCAUCAAAACGAACUCGCGGCUUUUCUCACGACGACGAAGAAGAAGAACAAAGAUGAAAGUGAUGUCGAUGCGACCCCUCCUGGUGGAACUAAUUUCGAAUUAUUCUCGUUCGUGCCAAACGCCGGGAGAGGAGGCUCGAAAACGACGACGUCUAAAUUCAGCGCGGGAUUUGCGCUGUUAAAGUCGCGGGAAAUGUCGAGAGAGAAGGAGAUGUCGCACACACGCAGCGGCAGCUUUUGCGAAGCUGGUAAUGGGUUGGUGUCGAUUAAGCAACAGAGAGAACAGAGAGAAAAAGAGGACAAGGCGAGAGCGCGGAAAGAGAAGGAGGAGAUGGUGAUGAGAGCGCAACAAGAACAACAACACGAGCAGGAGGAGCAACGGCAGCAGCAACAGCAGCAGCAAAAUCACGCCGCGACGAACAUCAACAACAACCCCGGGAAUAAUACCAUUAUUGGGUUCGACGACGACGACGACGAGGACGACGAGAUGUUCCAGCUCGUGGAUAUCGAGGCUUUGGAGACGAGGAAACAUGUGGUUGCUCCAGCUCAACCGCAACGACCGCAGCAUCCGCAACACAUCGAAAGUUUUCCCGUCGUCCCACCGAGGGCUGACAACAUGAACGACGCAUAUUGUUUGCCCAUAGCCUUGGACGGAAGUGGUUUAGAGUGGGUGUGCGAACACGGUUGCGCGUUGCGCGAAUGCGAUAAGAUCUCACUUCAUUUCCGCGCGCUUCAGCCGAUUUUGAGCUCAAUCAUCCAAAGACUGGACGACGACGAGUACAUGAUGAAAAAUAUCGAAAGGAAAAACUUAGAAAAGAAACGGAAAGAAGCGGAAACGAUACAAGCGUUUUUGAAUAACGGCAGUAUUGGUAGCGGCGUACCGAACGCCGCGCCGAGUAUCGCGCCGAUGAAUAAUAAUAAUAACAUCAUGGACAACAACAACAACAACAACAACUCCUUUCAACAGAACACGAGUUUUGACAUUCAUAACAACAUCAAUAACUUUCAGCAUAACAACAUGCAAAGCAACAACUUCAACAACGACUUUCAAAUGAACGGCAAUAACAACAAUUUCAACAACGAUGAGUUUUAUUAUCAAAACAACAACAACAACAACAACGGCGGUGACUUUCAAGCGGAAUGGGACGACGAUAACGGCGAUGAUAUCGUCGAUAUGGAAAAUUUACCGAAACUUGGUCUCGGCGCGAACGGCGGUCAUGAAGUUAUCCCGGCGGUGCAGUGUCAAAUGACCGAGGCGGACGGCGGCAAGUGGAAUCAGAAGAACUUUUUGUGGACGAAAGAUUGCUAUUACGCGUUGCGAAACAACUUCGGCGCGCAAGAUUACCGAGGACUGCAGCUUCAAGCCAUUAAUGCGACCAUGGCUGGUAAAGAUACUCUGGUUUUAAUGCCAACUGGGGGCGGUAAAAGUUUGUGUUAUCAGCUCCCGGCGAUUGUGCGCGACGGCGUAACCAUAGUAGUCUGUCCUUUGAUUUCGCUCAUCCAAGAUCAGCUGUCGAAUCUGGAGCAAUUGGAUAUUAAGGCGUGUUUGCUUGGCGCGUACAAUGCGAAGAACGAUGCAGAAGUGUACAACGAUUUAUACGGCCCGGAACCUAAAAUUAAAUUGCUUUACGUGACUCCCGAGAAACUCUCAAUGAGUAACAAGUUAAUCAAUUUGAUGAAAUCGUUGCACAGAAAAGGUAGAUUACAAAGAUUCGUCAUUGAUGAAGCGCAUUGCAUCUCGAGUUGGGGCCACGAUUUUCGAAAAGAUUAUAAAGAGUUGCGAGUGCUGAAGCAUCAGUUCCCGGAUAUUCCCGUCAUGGCGCUCACCGCGACGGCGACCGUUCGCGUGCAAGACGACAUCGUGCGCCAACUCGGUUUGGCGAAUUGCGUGCGUUUCUUCACGACGUUUAAUCGAACCAACAUCACGUACGAAGUGAUUCCGAAAAAGAAGGAAAAGCAAAACGUGGAAGAGAUAUUAAGUUUAAUUCACGAUCGCGGAUUUGUUGACCGGCGUGGUCGCGUCGAGUGCGGCAUCGUGUAUUGCUUUUCGAAGAACGAUUGUGAGAAGAUGGCAAACGCUUUGUGCUUGAAAAAUAACCAAGACUCGAGGUUUCGUCAUGGGAUUAAAGCUUUGCCGUAUCACGCCGGUUUAGACGACAAAGUACGUAAAGCGCACCAGGAAGCGUGGACGAAUGAUACGUGCAACAUUAUCUGCGCGACCAUUGCGUUCGGCAUGGGGAUUAAUAAACCAGAUGUCCGAUACGUCUUCCAUCACUCGAUGCCAAAAUCGCUCGAGGCGUAUCACCAGGAAUCUGGGCGAGCGGGGAGAGACGGCGAGAAAGCGCUUUGUGUGCUCUUCUAUUCGUGGGGGGACGUCACAAAAGCGCGAUCGAUGCUCAUAGACUCCGCUGAGAAAGACAACGCGCCGCACGAAGUGAAAAUGAACAAGCUUGAGUCGUUGGUGACGAUGUGCACGUAUUGCGAAAAUACCGCGGAUUGCCGAAGGACGCAACUUUUGCGGCAUUUUAACGAAAACUUCGAUCGCAGCAGAUGUAAAGGCAUGUGCGAUUGCUGUCAGUUAAGGAAGAACUACGGUUGGAACUGCUUCAUAAAGCGAGACAUGUCUAAGCACGCGCUCAGUUUGAUCUCCAUCUGUAAAGAUACCUCCGAACAAGGCAUACCCAUGGGCUUAUUGAUCGAUGUCUUUCGCGGCUCCAGAGCGAAAACAGUCACGCAGAGAUACUACGAUCGUUUGCCUGGGUUUAACACUGGUAAUCAGCUGACAAAAUCCGAAUCCGAUCGACUGGCGAGAUACUUGGUGAACCAGGGUUAUUUGUGUGAAGAGACGACACGCCUCCCGCCAGACGAGAAAAGGCAAUACGCCAUGGUUUCCACGUGCAUUCGUCCGGGAGAACCCGGUAAGAUUCAAGCGUUGAAACAGAAACAACACAAAGUGGAGUUAGAGUUUGAGAACCUUCCGAAAGAUACGAGCAAAGGAAAGAAGAAAACGGCACCGACUACGGCGCCGAAGACGAGAGCGCCGCCGAAGAAGAAAACAACCGCCGCGAAAGCUUCGGGAACCGCCGCUGCUACUACUGCGAGAAAGAAGAAGACGUCGACGAAGACAAGAACGCCAAAAGCUACUCAACAACAACAACAACAACAACACGACAACGUGGAUCUCACGCUGCCGAGCCAACAACCGAACGGCACGCAAGAAAUCGACGGUCAACUCGACAACGCCUUUGCAAUUUUGAUGAGGAAACAAAAAGAAGAACGGGAAGGCAUCGUCGUCGAAGACGAUGAGGAGGAAAUAGUGAACAACGACGACAACGUCCAGUACGAAAUCGACGAGUCGAUCGAAGACGACGACGAGGAAGACGAGGAAGAAAGAUUGUACGAGUGCGUCUUCCAGGCGCUCACGGUGUGGAGAGAUAUCCAAGCCACCGACAUCGCCAACAGACAGGGCACAAAAAAAAAUCCGCAAGGUAUCAUCAAAAACGCCUUGCUCCGCAAACUCGCCGGCAGCCGACCGACGACCAUCGAUGAAAUGAACGAGUUCCGCGAAGCCGAAGUCGCCGAUCUCGCGAACAAAAACAUGCUCAAUAAGUUUGCAUACGAUUUAGUCUCAAAAAUCGAACAGGCGGUUUUUCACUUCCACAACAACGAGGAGAACCCGUACACGCAAACGCAACGGCAACAGGAGACGCAAGGAAACAACCUCAACAGCGGGGACCCGUACGAGUUCAAAGCGACGCCGGCGUCGAAUACGAAUAAUGGUCCUCGUCCAGCGUCUCAGAUGAUGACGAUGAUGCAGCAACAACCGAACAAUUUGCAAUACAGCGGGGGGGGCCCAAAAAGGCAGCGCUUAAUGCUCGACAACAAUACGGAGUCUCCGCAGUGGCUCGAGCCCAAUCGAGGAAGAGGAGGAGGAGUCAAUGAAUAA